AUGAAACUAAACCCAAAGUACAAUGAAGAUUAUGUGGAAUUUGUUGAGAAAUUGGUGUCUGAAGGAUAUGCUUAUAAGGUUCCAGAGGAUCAGUCGUAUGAUGAACAGCCUGCAUGGUAUCUACCUCAUCACAGUGUCUACCAUCCAAAAAACCCAAAUAAGAUUAGAGUAGUCUUUGACUGUAGUGCUAAAUACCAGGGUAGCUCCCUUAAUGACAAUUUGAUGCAAGGUCCUGAUAUGACUAAUUCCCUUGUUGGAGUGCUCAUCAGAUUUCGUCUAAAAAGGGUGGCCUUGAUGGGUGACAUAGAAUCUAUGUUUUACCAAGUGCAGGUACCAAAAGUUCAACAUAAAUACCUUAGAUUCUUAUGGUGGCCUGGUGGUGAACUUGAAAGCGAACUUACAGAGUAUCGAAUGUGUAUUCACAUCUUUGGAGCAGUAUCAUCACCUAGCAUCGCCAAUUAUGCUUUAAGGGCAGCAGCUGACCAUGCAAAGGAUAAGUAUGGUCCAGAUGUGGAAUACACCAUUAAGACUAAUUUUUAUGUGGAUGAUUAUUUAAAGUCUGUACCCUCAGAAGAGCAGGCAUUAAGACUUGUGAAAGACGUUACGGCAGCGUUGAAGGGAAGAGGUUUUCGGCUGACAAAGUUUGUGAGUAACUGCAAGCUGGUGUUGAAAUCAAUCCUGCAAGAGGACCGUUCAAAAGAUCUUCAAACUUGUGAUCUUGACUAUGAUGAACUUCAUGCAGAAAGAGCUCUUGGUCUUCAGUGGAAUAUUGAAAAUGACUACUUUACUUUCUCUGCAAGCUUGGACCCAAAACCACUUACAAGGGAAGGUAUUUUGUCAACAGUAUGUUCCCUCUAUAAUCCUCUUGGUUUUGUGGUUCCUUUUCUUUUGCCAACUAAGAGAAUUCUUCGCGAAGUUUGUCAGGAUAGCAGCUUGGGAUGGGAUGAUGUUAUUCCCAAAAAAUACUAUAAGCCCUGGAGAAGGUGGCUUGAUGAUUUACCAAUCCUGGGUAACUUAAAGAUUCCAAGAUGUGUCAAGCCAAAGGAAUUUGGUACAGAUGCUAGUAAUGAAGGCUAUGGUGCUGCAGCAUACAUAAGACUUUCCGAUAGCAGAGGGAGGAUUUCUACUGCUCUGCUGAUGGGAAAUUCUAGAGUGUGUCCUGUAAAGGCAACAACCAUACCCCGACUGGAAUUGACUGCUGCAGUGGUGUCCAUAAACCUAGCACAACACAUUUUGGAAGAGCUGACGAUUGAAGUGGACCAGAAAUUCUAUCACACAAAUUCUACAACAGUUCUUCACUAUAUUUUUAGUGAUGGAAAGAGGUUUCCCUAUAUUUGUGCAAAUAGAGUGAAACUAGUCAUAUGGGAGGUGGUGUGGGAACGUCAGAUUAGAACUGUGAGAAAGGUCUUGACUCUUCUCUUCAAAGAACAUGCUGGACUACUGGAUGAUGAGUUACCGCACUCUUCUCACAGAAGUUGA